AUGGCUCCGCCCGUAUCGAUUCGCGGGCUCCUGACCUACGCCACUAACCUGUUCUCACAGGUCCCUCUCCACUUAUCCGACGUCCCGAGCCCGCUCUCCAUCCUCGGCAGCGGGCCAAGCAGCCCCAGCUCCGACGUCGCUCAACAACACCAGCAGCCGGGCAUCACGCCCUAUGUCCCGCUGACUGGCGCGCCGUCAUGCCCGCUCGAUGGGCCCAUCAGCUGUAACAACAAGACAGCCGGGGACUCGUGCUGCUUCGUGUAUCCUGGCGGACGGCUGCUGUUGACGCAGUUCUGGGACGAGGUGGUGCAUGUCGGUGGGUCGGAGGAAGAUUGGACCCUCCAUGGCCUGUGGCCCGAUCUCUGCGAUGGCAGCUACGACCAAUACUGUGGCAUGGCACCGCGCUUCAACAAUAUCACCGAAGUUCUGAAGCACUAUGGGCAAGACGAGCUCCUAGGAUUCAUGAACAGGUACUGGGUUGCCAAAUACGGCGGCAAUGCCCACCUAUGGGCCCACGAGUACAACAAGCAUGCGACCUGCAUCAACACGCUGGCGCCCAGCUGCUACGGCGACUCGUACUCGGCCGGACUCGAGGUCGUCGAUUACUUCGUGCGCGCCUUCGGGCUGUUCCGCAUGCUGGACACGUACGUCGCCCUGCAGCAGGCGGGUAUCGAGCCGGACCACGACAAGACCUACGACCUGGACCUGAUCCGCAACACCCUGGAGGACUUCAGCGGCGGCAAGGUGGUCCUGCACUGCACGGGACGCAGGCACGACAGACUCCACGAGGCGUGGUAUGUCUACUUUGUGCAGGGCAGUCUGCAGAGCGGCGAGUUCGUCCCGGCCAAGGACAGCUUCAAGGGCGACAAGAGCAACUGCGCCCAGAAGGUGCGCCGUCUCAGUAACACCACCGUGAUGGCGUAUGCACCCGCGAAUGCUCAGUCCUACCGGCGCCCACCGGCUCCUCCUCCCUUGCGUACGCGAUGGCCCCGAAAAACAACAGUGUCAGUGACAAAAGCUUGGUCUAGUGCCUUGAAGCCGUCCAUGGACAGCAAUGAUUCAUUUGUCUUGUUUCGGUGGCUACCAGAAACGAUCCGCAACAGAAUCUGGGACUUGUGCUUUCCGCCGUCACGAGUGCAGUUAACAAACAGUUUGGAUUCCGGAAACCUCCCAUUUGUCAACAAAUUUCCCGCUGUAGCCUACAGCUGCAAAGAGGGAUACAAUGCUGCCAAACGAAGAUACCCAACGGAGGCCAUUGACGUACGCCUGAGGACUUCGCGCAGCUCAGUACAGUCUCGCCAGUCACGAUACAACCCGAGCAAGGACAUCGUCCUCCUGGGUUUCAACUCACAGUGUCUGGCCUGGUACCUGGAGAUUACACCUCGGUAUUCUUGUGUGGAUAUAAAUCAGGAAAAGAUUGCGGUCAUAGAGAAAGUGCUUGGACACAGCGUGUUCAGAGCAGGGUUGCUACCCGGAGGGCAACUGAACAAGGUGCAAUGCAUCUAUGUCCCAACUGCGGUUGUUGAAAUAACACCAGACAUGAAUGAUUACGAACGAUGGGAGGCGUUGGUAGGUGUUGGGCAUCGUAAAGAAGACGCUGUCGGUAUAUUUGACCUUGCUCAACGGGAGACCUUUCUCAUACUCGAAGAAGCCGCAUCUCGGUACGAUGAAGCAGCAUUGGACGCCCAGCCAGUGGGAAUCACUCCCCAUAUUCGGCUCUACCACAAGAUUCUGUAUGCCAGAGCUGCGGCCUAUGAUUCUAAGUUCGCUCUCAUCAACACGGCUGUUAAACGAGAGCCUAAUAUGACAAUCCGGCACCAGUUGUAUUGGAAACUAGUGCGAAUACUCCGCCCGGCACUGGCGAUUAUCAUCAAAUACCCACCAGCGCCAACGAAAUGA